UAGUGACUUGGAAUUUCAUGUAUAAAAUAAUAUAAAUAUAUUUUCAAAAUAGUGAUUAACAAAGUGGAGUUAUAGCCGACACAUAAGAUUAAAAAUUUAAAGACUUUAACAAAACUAAAAAAUUUGAAAAUAAUGAGCAAAAAAUUCGGGUCACCGAACAUCGGCCGAGACGUGGGAUAUUCUUCCUUCCUUUUUUUUGUCUUCCUUUGCCGCAGGUCACCUCGGUGGAAAUCCUCCCUGCCGACAUCUGGAAGGUCCACGAGUGUUGGGACAAAGCCUCCACCUGGAGCGGCCAUGCUGUGGACGCUGUGGACGCUGCUCCUGGCUCUGCUGGUGCUCCUGCUACUGCAGGCUCAGCUGUCCGUUUGCCCCCCCGUCUGCUCCUCAUCCUCCUACAGCGCCACGAGACAGCGGCUGCCGGGCGCCAUUAUCAUCGGUGUGCGGAAAGGUGGCACCAGAGCCCUGCUGGAGAUGCUCAACCUGCACCCGGAUGUGGGAGUGGCAAAGACGGAGGUGCAUUACUUCAAUGUGGAGGAGCACUACAGCCGAGGCCUGGCUUGGUAUCGAUCCCAGAUGCCCUUAACCCUGCCUGGCCAGCUGACGGUGGAGAAGACACCUGGCUACUUUGCGGCUCCACAAGUCCCCGCACGAGUCCGGACUAUGAACCCCGCCGUCCGCUUGCUGCUCAUCGUCCGCGACCCGGCCGAGAGGCUCAUUUCCGACUACACCCAAGUCCUCCACAACCGCCUCACGCGCCACAAGGCCUACCAGCCUUUGGAGGAACUCCUGCUCCACAAGGGCCACAUCGACCCAGGCUAUAAGGCGCUACAAAGGAGCCUGUACCACCAGCACCUGGCCCGCUGGUUGGAGGUCUUCCCCAGGGAGCAGAUCCACGUGGUGGACGGUGACGCGCUCAUCCGAGACCCCUUCCCGGAGCUCAAAAAAGCCGAGACGUUCCUGGAGCUGCCGCCACGGAUCAGCCCGGACAACUUCUACUACAACACCACCAAGGGCUUCUACUGCCUCGUAUCUGCGGGACAUGACAAGUGCCUGGACGAGUCCAAAGGUCGGCCGCACGCGCCCCUGAGCGCCCAGACCUUUCUGAAGCUUUGUCACUACUUCAGGAAGCCCAACAAGAUGUUCUUCGACAUGGUGGGGAGAUCGUUCUCCUGGUGCUAACACGUUCAGGAAAUCCACAAUGGAUGAAAGCGCUCAGGUAAAAAUGGCCGACAGGAGCGACACGGCUUUGGAUGUGUGUGAAGACGCGGCCAACACACAUCGUUUCCACCCGUGCUGGUGCCUCCGUCGAGCCACACACGACUAGCACUUCUUCCACAGCGUCUGUAAAACACAGGCCGUUGUGGGAAACAGACGCUGAGAGAACCGUUGAACCCUUGAACGCACCAUGAAGCCUUCAGCGUUGCAAACUACUUCUUCUGACUACUUUUGUUACAGUAGGGUGACUUAUGGAUGUCCUGUAAAUAUCUAUUUUUAGACGCACCCAGUCUGUGUCCUUCAAGACUCAUGUUUGCUUUGUGUGUGUUUUGUACAUUUCUCAAAUAAAUGUUGGGAGACUUUAAGGUAUCCUGUUAUGCAAAAGUAACUUUUUAGUGAUGUUCUCACAAUAAUAUGAUGGUGGAUGAAGCACACGCAGC